AUGGAGCCGACGCACGAAACGUGGACACUGCCGGGGAACCCGCACCCGCUGCACUACUCUCGCUGGGGCCCGCCGACGGCCGCGACCACCUACGUCCUUUUGCACGGUGCGCCCGGUACGUACCAAGACUUUGCGUACCUCGCGCCGCUUCUCGUCUCUGGCAACGACGUCAAUGCGAUUGCGUUCGAUCUCCCGGGCAACGGCCGCACGAGCGCCGAGAUAGUCGGCGGCAUGUACUACAUCGACGCUGCCUCGAUCGCCAGUACCAUCGUCACCGCGCUCGCGCAGCUCCCGCUCUCGCGCAUGAUUCUCGUGGGGCACUCGAUGGGCGGCCACGCGACGCUGCAGGUGGCAUCGGCGCCGGCGCUUGCGUCACGCCUUGCAGGCAUCGCGCUCCUCAAUCCGACGGGACUGCAAGCGCCGCGCCGUGCCCGGCCCCGCAUCGAGUACUGUUUUAGCCUCGUCAUGCGCCUCGCGGGCGACGCCACCGACUACUUUACCAAGUGGAACCGAUCCAUUUACGUCGACAAGUUCAAGUUCUCGGAUGAUAUCCCGACCGACGACUUUUCCGUCGCGUUCUACCGCAUGGUGACGGCCGACUACGCCCAGCUGCGCGUCCAGGCCGAAGACCUCGCGCAGCGCAAGGUGCCGGCGUUCGUGGCCGUUGCGAAGGACGACCGCGUGAUCGAGUGCGACAUCGGCGCCGACCUUGCGGCCGUGCUCGGGGCGAAAACCGUCAAGACGUACGAAAGGGGCGGGCACAACAUCCCCAAGACACAGGCCACGGACCUCGGCGCGGAAAUCAGCGCGUGGGCCAAGUCGCUCCUGUAG